GUCAUCGUAAUGCCAUCAGAUAUUAUGUCGGAUGAAAGCAGUGGUAUGGUAGUUCUAACGGGUAAUUCACACCCGAAACUGGCUCAGUUGGUUUCCGAAAGACUCGGCAUAAAGCUUGGAGAUGCUAUCGUGUACAAUAAACCUAACAGGGAAACUGCUGUGGAUAUCAAACAAAGCGUACGAGGCAAGCAUGUAUAUAUUCUUCAAUCCGCUUCUAAAGACGUGAAUAACAAUAUAAUGGAGAUGCUGAUUCUGAUGCAUGCCUGCAAAACAUCGUCUGCGAAGACAAUUACGGUUAUUCUGCCGUAUUUGCCUUACUCGAAACAAUGUAGGAUGUUACGGAGAUCUGCGAUUCCAAUGAAGUUAAUAGCCGAUAUGAUUUGCAAAAGUGGUGCAACACGUCUCGUCUCACUUGAUCUCUAUAGGAAAGAGAUUCAAGGUUUCUUCUCAAUCCCAGUUGAUAAUUUGCGUGCCUCACCAUUUCUUCUUGCCUAUAUACGCGAAAAUAUUCCUGAUUACAAGAAUGCCGUCGUUGUGGCCAAGAGUCCAGGUGUCAUGAACAAAGCAACCAGUUACGCGGACAGACUCAGGCUUGGCGUGGCAGUAAUUCAUGGUGAACCAAAGGAAUGUGAAUCGCUCGUGGAGGACGGUCGACAGUCGCCUCCUCCAAGCUGUCACCUAUCCGGUAGAUUAUUUUCAACUGAUCAACUGAUUACAUCAUGUUCUCUUAUAACUGAUUCCAAAGCGCGAAUAAAUGCUUAUUUAUUGAAGUCAAAUCUGAAGAAGUAUUCUUUUGAUUCAGACUUGCUAGUCUUAUCACAAUUCUUUUGUUCAUUUGUUCGUUUCUUCAUUUCAGAACAUCGAAGAGGUUCUCUCAGCACCGCUUCAAUGGCGCAAUAUGAAUUAUUCCCACAGCAGGCUGCUAAAGAAAAGCCACCUCUAACAGUUGUUGGAGAUGUGGGUGGUCGAAUUGCGAUCAUAGUUGAUGAUAUUAUAGAUGAGGCACAAUCGUUUGUUGCUGCUGCUGAGGUACUGAAAGCACGAGGCGCCUAUAAAAUAUACGUGAUCGCAACUCAUGGUUUACUGUCAGCAGAUGCACCUGCUUUGCUGGAAGAAAGCUCUAUCGACCAGGUCGUCGUAACAAAUUCUGUGCCACAUGAUAUGCAAAAAUUGCGAUGCCAUAAAAUUUGUACGGUAGAUAUAUCUCUAAUGAUUUCCGAAGCGAUCAGACGUAUCUAUCACGGCGAGAGUAUGGGUCAACUUUUUCGUGACGUUACUCUGGAUGACUGA